AUGUCCGCCAAGCCGCAGCCGAUCGCUGCCGCGAACUGGAAGUGCAACGGCACCACCGCCUCCAUCGAGAAGCUGGUGCAGGUGCUCAACGAGCACAUCAUCUCCCAUGACGUGCAGUGCGUCGUGGCGCCGACCUUUGUGCACAUCCCAUUGGUUCAGGCGACGCUCCGCAACCCCAAGUACGUCGUCAGCGCCGAGAACGCGAUCGCCAAGAGCGGCGCCUUCACCGGUGAAGUGUCGAUGCCGAUCCUGAAGGACCUGGGCAUCAACUGGGUCAUUCUCGGCCACUCGGAGCGUCGCACCUACUACGGCGAGACGGACGAGAUUGUAGCGCAAAAGGUUGCGGCUGCGUGCGAGCAGGGCUUCAUGGUGAUCGCGUGUAUUGGAGAGACGCUGCAGCAGCGUGAAGCAAACCAGACAGCGAAGGUGGUGCUGAGCCAGACGUCAGCGAUCGCCGCGAAGGUGCCGAAGGAGGCGUGGUCCCAGAUUGUGCUCGCCUACGAGCCCGUGUGGGCCAUUGGCACCGGCAAGGUCGCCACGCCCGAGCAGGCGCAGGAGGUGCACGCUCUGUUGCGCAAGUGGGUGAGCGAGAAGGUCGGCGCCGAUGUCGCCACGAAGCUCCGCAUCCUGUACGGCGGCUCCGUCAGCGCCAGCAAUGCCAAGACGCUCUACAUGAAGGCUGACAUCAACGGCUUCCUGGUCGGCGGCGCUUCCCUCAAGCCGGAGUUUCGCGACAUCAUUGAUGCAACCCGGUAA